UCCCAAGAUCACAGCUGCAGGCAACUGAUUGAAAAUCAGCUCAACGGUCCUGUAGCAGAGAACUUACACGCUCGAUUCCCGUAGGGAAGAUUCUUCGCCACAAGUCAUUAGAGACGAAGAGGCAGUGAAGACAAAAUGGCCAAUCUUACAUCGGACACGAUGUACGAUGAAGGCAACGGCUCCGACAUCUUUCUCACCCCAAUCCCUUUGUACAAGCACGACACCCCUGUCACCAUCGUCUUCAUCAUCUCCUACCUCAUCAUCUUCUUGAUGUGCAUCGUCGGCAACGUCGGCGUCUGCACGGUGUUGGUGAAGAACCCGAAGAUGAGAACCGUCACCAACCUCUUCAUCCUGAACCUGGCCAUCAGCGACCUGUUGGUAGCUGUCUUCUGUAUGCCCUUCACCCUUGUGGACAACCUGCUGCACGGUAACCCUUUCGGAGACGUCAUCUGCAAGCUGCAGCCAUUGGUUCAGGGUAUCUCUGUCGGUGCCUCUAUCUUCUCGCUUACGGCCAUAGCGGUGGACAGGUUCCAGGUCAUCAUCAAUCCACGAAAGCCGAAGAUGUCAAGAUGUCGGUCUGUGCAGAUCAUCACUGCCAUCUGGGUGUUCAGCGCCCUCAUCAUGUGGCCACAGGCUUUGGUGAUCGAGAACAAAGAAGAGGUACUGCCCGGCUACCAGAACCAGACCAUGCAGUUCUGCGAUGAGCAAUGGCCGUCUGUUGAGUACAACCAGGCCUACACAGUCAUGCUGUUUAUCGUCAUCUACAUUGGACCUCUGCUGAUUAACGUGUACCUGUACAUCCGGAUCUCCUUCCGCAUCUGGUACAAGCCCAACCCCGCUAUGGCCUCCAGCCGAUCAUCCAAGAUGUCCAACCUGACGCAGGUGUCCAAGAAGAGAGUCCGUGUGAUCAAAAUGCUGAUCACCGUCCUGGUGUUGUUCGCUGUGUGCUGGCUCCCCAUCCACGCCUGCCUCCUCAUCGACUCCUUCAAGCGCCACAAGAUGACCAUCUGGCAGCGCAGCUUUCUGUACGCCUACAUGUUCCCGAUAGCGCACUGGCUCCUCUACUUCAACAGCUCCAUCAACCCCAUCGUCUAUGGCUACUUCAACACCAACUUCAGACGCAGUUUCGAAAGUCUCUGCGGUGCCGCCUCUCCACUUGAAGACAGCGGCGGUACCAGUGGGAAGGAACUGAGAGGAAACGGCCGCCCGGCAAGUGGCCGUACCUAUAAAGUGAAAAUCGAGAUGGCGUCCACGGGAAACGGGUUGACACGGUCGCUUCGUACUGUGCAGCGCGACAGUCGGCGCAGAAAGUUUUCUCCCCCGAGCAAUAUGAAUGGUAUCACCGGUAGCAAUGAGGCUGUCGAAGAGAUGUCGCAAGAGAAUGAAAUUGUCAACAUGGCGGAGACGAGGAUGUAACGCGGUGACACAACGUGACGAGGUGACGAAAGUCUUAGUAAUACGGAGACGUCAAACGUAUAACCAAAUGACAAUUAUAUUUGGCCCCGCAACAUCAUUCCGAACAUUUAUCUCAGCCAUCGUACAGUCAACAAAAAUGGGAAACUUGCUAUCUUGCACGUAUAAUGGCAAUCAAUUACCAUCUAUAUAAUGAUUAUCAUGAUCAAUUUCAUAAUGAAAAACUGUUCGUGAAUGUAAAAAUGUCAGUAAUUUCAGAAGACUGAAAAGCAGUGUCAGUCCAGUGCAGCUACUAAAGCUAUACUGCUGGUUAUGAUUGCUGAUAGUGAUGGGACAAGCUGCCGCAGCUUCUGUCUGUAUUAUCUGGAAGUUCUUCUUAAAAUGUUAGUAAGUAAAGUAUUGCUUUUUUUGUAACGUGGUGGAUUCUUCUCUAAUACUUUUAUGUGAUUGAACAAGUUAAUGAUUUAACACCUACAUGUUUUUAAAUGUCUAGAUGUAUAUUUAGAAUAAUUAGUGCUCGAUUCUUCUUAUCUUCAGUCGCAGACAUGCUCGUGACAUAUCCAUCUAUGAAUCAAUUCAUCAAAAUUAGUAACACAUUCAUAUUGAAUUUCAUUUCAUGAAGAUGUUGAACUCUUUUUCAUAUGGCUAUACCUCAUGCAGUGUAUUUUGGAUCA